AUGUUCUCUUUUUGCAACUUCUUGUUCUUCAAUCCAAACAAGAACAUGACCAAAUUUACACCCAGAAGCACAUUUCCAAACUAUAACAUCCCGCUUUCCAACUUCAAGGGCCAUCAUCAAAAAGCUUUGUCAAAAGUGGGUCAUCUAGCCCCACAGUUGGAUCUAAUAUUAGAAGUACGAGAUUGUCGAGCACCAGUAGCCACCACUAAUGUGUUAUUUGACAAACUACUAUCAACUAAACGCAAACUAAUACUAUACAGUAAGAAGGAUUUGUCCAUAUUGAAGCCUGACCUAUUAAAAAAAUGGCACAGCUCAAAGAAUGAAGAGUUUAUGUUUAUCGACUGUCGCCAUCGCGGUGAUUGCAAGCGAAUAAUUAACAAGAUGACUCAGAUAUACGACAAUUUUGAUGCUAAACCACCAUUAGGACUAAGAGCAAUGAUUAUCGGAAUGCCGAAUGUUGGAAAAUCGACUUUGGUAAAUACCAUGCGUCAAGUUGGCUUAGGACGUGAAAACAGAGAUUCUGUAUCUACAAAGGUUAGAAAGGUGGCCAAAACUGGCGGACAACCCGGGGUGACGAGGUCAACUAGUGAGAUAAUUAGACUAUCGAGAGAUCCCGAUAUUAUGGUUUACGACACUCCAGGUAUAUUCUUGCCAACUGUGAAAAGUCCCGAGACAAUGCUAACAUUGGGUUUGGUGGGCUGUAUUCAUGACUCGUACAUAGAUCCGGUGGUUUUGGCUGACUAUUUGCUAUUUUUGUUGAAUUUGCAGGACAGCCUGGGAAAGCCUUAUGAAGAUUAUAUGCUGCAUCCUACUAAUGACAUUUACGAAUUGAUGUAUAAUAUUUGCAAACAAAGGAACACUUUGAAACACGAUGGAAGUUAUGAUGAAUUAGGUGCUGCGACACAUUGGGUUAACCUUUGGAAACAAGGAAAGACAAAGAAGUAUCGUGCAUUGUUUGAUCUUGAAGCCAUAAAGGAAGCUAGCGAGCUGAAUAUUAGAGAUAUACUAAACUCAGAGAGAGAAAGGGUAGGUCUUUCCAAGGUUCAUGAACGAAUCGUUGACAGCUUUGGAGAUGAUGGAUCAUCCACAACAUCGAAUAGAAAGAGGACAGCAAAGGAUAGGGAAGCAGAUAUGCGUAAUAGAUUAUUCAAACUUUGA